AUGACCAUAAUCAAAUCAGUUGUGUCUUCUACAUGCAUUUAUCAAUUGUCUUGCUUUCUUCUAACAAAGGAAAUUGUGGGUAAGCUUGAUUCAAAAUGUGAUGAUUUUUUCUGGGGUGCUGCGGAAAAUGAUAAAAUAAAGAUACAUUUGAAAGCCUGGAAAAAACUUUGCAAGAACAAAAAGGAGGGAGGCCUGGGAUUUAGAUCUUUUUAUAAUUUCAACUUGGCACUUCUUGCUAAACAAUCAUGGAGGAUAAUAUCAGCAAAUGAUUCUUCUUUGAUUGGUUCAACCCUUAGAAGGAAAUAUUUAGAAACUCUGAUAAAAGGGGAAAAAGAACUUAAACCGACUUUCUCUUGGAUGAUGAAGGAUGUGGUCAAAGCUUCUCCUAUCGUGUCUAGCAACCUGAAAUGGCAGGUUGGCUCAGGGAAGUCCAUUCCCUUUGAUCAUAUUAAGUGGUUCCCGGUUCAUGAAGACAAGAGAUGCCUGUUAG